AUGCCCCUGAAAAAAAUGGACAUCAGAAUUUUGCUGAACAAUGAAGAUUUCAAAGGACCCACGAGUCCCACUCCCAGUGCGGACUCAAUUGACAGUGAUCGUCCGUACGAAUGCGGUUUCUGUGGAAAAGCUUUUUCACGACGUUCUGACCUCGUCAGGCACAAGAGAAUUCACACCGGAGAACGUCCCUAUCGUGCAUUUGAACCACGCAAACAACACGUACCUCAAGAAGCGUUGACCAUAUCCCUACCGGUAUACAAUAAUAAUAACCAUUCAUCUAUCAAUCUAUAUAAUGGACCUCCGAGCCCUCAAUCCCCAACGGAUUGUUUUAAAUCGAUAGAAAUAUCGCCCGACUACCAGCAUUUCCACCGAGCCAGCUACCCUGCAACCGCCACCGCCAUGCUGAACAACAAUGUCGAUCUAGUUCACUCCUUCGGUCGAAUUUGUCUGUCUCCGCCGGUGGAUGGUUCUCUUUUGACGUCGAGCGGUCGCAUAACUGCAUUCAAACCGGUCGUAAAGGAACCCUAUGACCCCUACAGGUGUGGAUAUCCAUCGCCAGUUGAUGAUCGCGACUUAUAUUACAAUGGUCGUAUGAUUUAA